AUGGAAAGAACGUUGUUAUUGGUCUGCUUAACUAUUAGCCUAUGUUAUGGUUGUGAGUAUAACAAUGUGACGAGGAAACACAACGAGGAGUGGGUAAGUUAAUGUUAUAAACUAAUCGUAUGAACACAUUAGUUUAUAACAUACAGAAUAUGUUUGGGAAAGGUAUAUUAGUUUUGCCUUAUUUUAACAUAUACUACGAAAAGCCUUAUAUGUGAUACUAUAUAAGUUUAUUUCUCAGUUAUAAAAAUUGAUUUUUUAAGAACUACUUUACUUUUUAGGUAGAAAACAGUUACUUUGUCUUCCGUUGUGAGAUCUUCAACAAAAAUACCUCAUGGAGAGUUAAAAUACAAGGGUGUGACUUUAAUGGUACUCGGUUUGCAUUAAAUGAACGAAAGAAUGGUCAAGCAUGCCAAUCCUUAGAUGAUGGUCGCGUGAAAUUUGCCCUGGGCCCUAUUUGUGAUGGUAGAAAUGAAGGUAAGACUAAUUUUUCAUUUUUUUGUAUUACCUAAGGCUUACUUGGAUUGUGGCAAUGUCUUUAUAAUUAUUUUUACUAGUAAAUACAGUAAAGUAAAGUAUCUUGCUUUUUGACAAAAUAUUUGUUAAUUUUGAUGACUUUAGGAGAAACCUGGGACGACGGUCAUUUCCGUAAAACAUGUAUAGACGACCAGACCAAGUUCAUCGGUUGUACCACUUCGGAGAAGGUGUAUAUCCCAAUUGGAGAAGAAAAACAGUCUGGUACGUUUAAAUGGAAAUGUGAAAGUGCUCCAAACAAUGGCGUCAAAUUGUACCCUACUAAUGUUGACGAAGUCAAUGCUGCACUUAAAAACAAAAGUAAGAGUACGGUAGUGGAGAAAAAAGGGAAUGGUACUGAAGUUCAGAAUGAGGAUAACGGUGUGAGUAAUGGUAAUGAAGUCAAAAAGGAAGACAGUGGUACUACUGGUACUGAAGUCCAUGAAGAGGGUAAUAGCAAAAUGAAAGGUGAAGAGAUGACCUUAGAUAAGAAGAAUGAUGACUUAACCAUGGAUAUUAAGGAAGAUGAGCUACAAAAAGUGAGCGAAAACUUGACAACAUCAUCCGAUGAUUUAGAAGGUAGCGGUGCAGAAACAUCCACUGACAGUUUGUAA